GACAGUUUCAGAAUUAAAAUAUCUUACUACUACAAGUUUUGACGUGACAUUUGAUAUUAGAAAUCUGUAAGCGAGUAGAAGGAGAUAUGAGGCGAAAUUCAAUACUAGAAUUCCGGAAUGAGUUGACCUUUAGGCAUUCGAAUUAUAGAAGUGUUUAUUUCACCAUCUGUCUAUAGAAAAAAUAUAAUUUUUAAUAGCAAUCAUGAUUUUAGACGAAAUAUGUGAAAUGCUAAGUACUUAUAGCGGGAGAGACAAGGUGAUGAGGACAUUGUGUUAUGGAAUGAAGCUUGCAUCAGGUUUGACAAUUGAUAAGGAUCCUGCCUUGUCUAAAAAAUUUCAAAUAUUCAGUUCACAAAUGUCUAAAACUAGGGCUACAUUGAGACUACUUGAUGAUAUACCUAUGCUACAGCAUACUCUUCAAUACGGACUUGGUAGAACGGAACCUGAUAGUUGCUUGUCAUUUUUGGGUGUUGUUACAAAUAUUAUAGACCAACUUUAUUAUCCAAUUGAGAAAGUAUGCUGGUUGGCAGAAUAUAAACUUCUUAAUGUGGAAAAUCCAAACAAAUGGGAUAAUAUCAGUUCUGUGUUUUGGGUUGCUUCUAUUUACUUAUCGCUUAUGAAAUCUUUGAGGAGUAUAAGUUUGAUUCAUAACCACAAGAUGUGCUUACUUGAGAAAGGUGUUAGACCCAGCGAUAUUAUGGAUAGAUUAUUGCAAGCUCAGCAGUUAGAAUACAUAGCAAGCAUAAGAGGAGCAUUAGAUCUUAUACAUUCUGUUAGUACUCUGCCUGAAGGAUGGCUUUGGGGUGGAAGACUUAAUUCAGCACAAGUAGGGUUGGUUGCUACUAUAUCUUCAUUUCUUGGCAUUUAUCAAUACUACUUAAGAAAGAGGUCCAAAUAGUCACUAUAAAGAAAUGUAUAUGUAUUUUGAACGCUAAUGUUCACAAGAACUGAUAUAAUAUUAACAAUUUACAAAAAAAAAGGUUCUAAGUCAUCAAAUCUAGUUACAAUAAAUUCUUUUUAAAAUCUUAUAUUCAAGUGUAUAUGGUGAGUGGUGUUUUAUUAUUAUUCUGAUUUUACAUAAUCAAUGCAAAAUGAAUUACAAAAUGGAAGUAAUGGUUUAUGAAAAAAAUAAGUCAUGUUAAAUACUUUCCAAAACUUUAUAUUCAAAUGUAUGUGGUAUGAGUGGUCUUUUAUUAUUAUUCUAAUUUUGCAUAAUCAAUGCAAAAUAAAGUACAAAAU